AUGGAUAAAGAGACAACACCUACCCCUCUCAGUACUAUAGCAAACAAGUAUCGUGGAGCCGCCGUCGAGGACUUACAAUUACCGCCGGCUAUAUGUAUGGAAGAACAUCAACCUAUCGGUCUAGCUCUGGAGAAGGCGUACGAGCACGAAUUUGAUCAACUACCAGUCCUCAAUGGUCGUCGAAAACCUAUAGGUUAUGUGGACAUUUCCUUGAUCAAGGACAAGUUCAAAGCUGCCAGACUAAAUGAAAUGGAUCCCGUGUCUAGACAUACCACCAGAUUUUCCUCCUACUCCUCCUCGCACCCAUAUACCACCAUCACACCCGACACUCCAUUGGAAAUUUUAGAACAGUUCUUUGAGACCAGUCGGACAGAGUUCGCCCUCGUGACCGACAGUGAGCGCAAAUGGGUAUUGGCUGUGGCUACGAAGACAGAUCUGGAAACAUUUGUGAAACGACGAGGAUGA